GGCGGCGGGCGGCGCGUGCAGCGGCAGUCGGCCGGCCAUCCGCAGCGGAACUGCUGGUGCCACGCGGGGUGAGGUGGGCUCGUGCGCCGUGCUUUUGAACUGAAGAGAAGGGCGGCGGACUGUCGCGAUCUGCAGCACGAGCACCGCGUGUCCGGACUCGGAGGCACAACUCAGCGCAGCCAUGGAACAUGUUGAAAGAAGAAAAGCCAUCCUUGCGGUUCACCCGCAGGUGCGCGCGCUGAUGGGCGCCGAGCCGCGGCUGGCGCUGGCCUCUGCCGCCGUGGUGGCCGCCCAGCUGUACGUCGGCUACCUGCUGCGCCGCUUCUGCUGGCCGGCCGUUGUGGCCGCCGCCUACUUGGUCGGCGGCUCGCUGUGGCUGCUGCAGUUCACCCUGCAGCACGACGCCCAGCACCGCAACGUGUUCGGGCCGCGCUGGCCGCGCCUCAACGACGCGCUGGCCUGGGUGCUGGGCGCUCCGGCGCUGGUGCCGUACCGGUUCGGCCGGCGCCGCAAACACCUCGACCACCACCGCCACCUGGGCGAGCCGGGCAGGGACGCUGACCGGCCGUCGGAGCGCCAGGUGGCGCUGAGCCGCCGCCGCGCCGGCCGCCUGCUGCUGCUGCUCACCGCGCCGCUGGCGUCGCGCGCGCGCCAGCUGCGCCGCCCGGCGGACGCCGCGCAGUCGGCGCUGCUGGUGACGGGCGCGCUGCUGCUGGGCGGGCCGCGCACGGCCGCCUACCUGGCGCUGGGCCCGCUGCUGGGCCGCACGCUGCACCCGUUCGGGGCAGCACUGCUCUGCAGCCACUCGUACGGCCCCGGAAACCAGGCGGUCACCUACAGCUACCGCGGCCCGCUCAACUGGCUCUUCCUCAACACCGGCUACCACAUCGAGCACCACGACUUCCCCAACGUGCCCUGCUGUCGGCUGGCGGCGGUCACGCGCGCGGCGCCCGAGUUCUACGCUGGCCUGCCCCACGUGGACAGCUGGUUCACCUGCAUGAUCAACUAUGUGACGGGCGCGAACCGCGACCUUACCACCCGACACGACACCUGAGUUUCAGCAGUGAGCACUGAGCCAGGGCCGGACGAAGAGACCGGUUAACCCUCGCCCCGUUGGGGGGGGGGGGCCAUUUUGGCCCCCCCCUGUGGUUUUUCCUGAAUAGCAAGAAAACGGCGGCGCGCAGCGCCGCCAAAUUUUCAGUACCUUCCCGGGCAUCAAUUUGACACCUUCACACCAAAUUUCAAGUCUUAGGUCACCUUAGGUCAGGAGUUAUUGAGGUCAAACUGAGGUCAUGUUCGAGCAAAAAUGAGCAAAAAACAUGCAAUAUUGAAACGCUCACCAAAUCUACAGUUAUCAAGCAAUUUCAAAGUUCUUUAUAUGGUCUAGUAGACAAAAGGCGGCGCUACAAAACUGCUAUCUCGGAUUUUCAAAAUUUUUGGUUUUUGACCCAAAAAAAUCAAAAAAUUGAUUUUUUUAGAAAAACUUUGAAAAAAUCCAAAAAUUUUCCGAAUUUCGAAAAAACCGGAAUAUAUGUGAUAGUCCCAGCGCUCUUCUAUAUACAUACCAAAUUUCAGAUCGAUAUCUCGUUUUUUGGCCAAGUUAUAGCGAAAAAAACUGUUCAAAAAUGAUGACGUCAAAUUUUUGAACUCAAUUUUUAGCAAUUCUAGACCUCGUACGGCAAAACAAAGACCACCAUUGAACUCCCCGUGACGAGCUGCAUCGAUUCGAUACCCAUUUUAUGCAAAAAUAUUAACUUUGAAAUUUGACCUAAUUUGACCUGACCUUGACCUGACCUUGACCUGACCUUGACCAAAACGUGAUCUAAGCUGGCCCCAAAGGCUGCCUGACCCAUAUAAUCGCAUUUGUCAUGUAAAAUGGACCAUAAAACAUGUAUCACACGACACUUUCAUAUUGUGACCCCCCCGUGACCUGACCUCUGUGACCUGACCUGGUAUCAGUGACCUCAAAUAGCAAAAUAUGUGUUUGAAGAACAUUUCCCCAUCGAUGAUUUUCAAUGAAAUGCAUUUUACUCGAUUUUACAACGCCUUUCUUGAAGUGCCUGUAAACGGUGAAAAUUGGACCUUUGACCUGACCUGUGACGUCAUCGGUUUGACCUAGGUCAAUAAAAUUGGGUCACAAGGUAGUUCCCCGUUGGGGCUAUCCAACGCCGUUUACCGCUUGUCGCUAUGUUGCGUGGUUCUCGAGAUCUUAGGGGGGGGGGGCAAAAUGGCCCCCCCCCCCAACCGGGCGCGUUGCUCGGCAGAGCCCAACGGGGCGCGGGUUAAGAGACGAUGAGGCAGCCCGCGCACGGCGGGAUGCGGAGCGGAACAGGAUUGCGCACAGUGGAAGGUAUGGAGGGCGCGGGGUCCUCCGGGAGAGAGGACUUCACGUGCAGGAGAGGACUGCACCGGGGAGAACAGCGCUUUGGGAGACGACUUCACCGUGGGAGGACUGCACUGGGAGAGGACUGGGCGGGGAGAGGACUUCACUCUCUCACAGGUCUCGUGGCAGAGCAGGGCUGCAACCGUCCGUGGAAAGCGGCAUCAAAUCGGAGAGCGCAGUGGAUGCAAUGCCGGGACAGGGCCGCUCAACGAUCGUGUAUAAUUUGUGAUACUGACGCUUGUCCUCUGCUUCGUGCAUAGUUUGUGAUAACGACGCUUACACCUUGCUUUGUGAGAAUCGAAUGGUAUGGUAUGCAUAUUGACCGCAAUGCUCUUAUGCUAUUAUUGUGUUACUUGAUUGGUGAGAGCUGGUGCUUUUACAGCCUGUAGCUAUUGUUUCUGAAUGAACUCGGAACCUUGUUGAAUAUUCUUGUGUGUAGGAAUAGCACGUGUAUAAGGGUUAUACACAAAACAUGGCUGUUUUCAGGUACGGAGGACUGUUUGUACCUGAUUAUUUGAUUGAUUGAUUGGCAGAGUGAUCAAGGCCGUCUUUGCAUCAGUGUUUUAGAGUCUGUGAACCUUGAGGUAGAUAUAGCCCGUCUUCGCAUAAGCAGCCAUGACAAUUUACGAAAUCGUCACUUCCAUGAAUAUGAGGUAGUUAUUCAUUUGAGCUGGUUGUGGUGGCCGUCGGCCGAUCUCGAUGGCUUUGAUUUACAGCUAAGGCAUCAGACUAUGUAAAAGAAAGCGCUUUUUGCGUAAAUGAUUGCUGGUUCCAGCAGGGGAAAAGCCAACCCCCAUGAGGCAUCACGAAAAGAGCGCAAUGCACGGCGUCUGGCAUGACUUGGUGUUACUGACAACCAAGCUAUUUAGCCGAUGGGUAUUCGCAUGACGUUAAACGCCGUCCUGAGUGACGAGCAAAUAUAGGCCUGCAAUAGAUGCGUACUGGGUAUGUGCAUGACAGAUUAUAUGACAUAGCUGCGGUGCUGAUGUAAAAUAUAUUUUCAAAUCAA